AUGGCUGACUCUUCAUCUGAACCUAAUCCUUUCCUUAUACUUGCUACGGUUGCUACUAUUAUCAUCUCGUUUGUUAGCUACUAUUUCCUCAAGUUAUCAAGACAGAAUAACAAGCCAGCAUUGAUUCCUGAUCAAUUUCAGAAAUUUCCUUUGAUCAGUAUUACUAAAGUGUCCCAUAACUCGGCAAUUUAUAGAUUUGGAUUACCAAAACCUACCGAUACUUUGAAUUUACCCAUUGGACAGCAUAUUUCCAUUGGUGCUAUUAUUGAUGGUAAAGAGAUUGUUAGAUCAUAUACCCCCAUUUCCACCAGUGACCAAAGGGGUCAUUUUGACUUGUUGAUUAAAACUUAUGAGAAUGGUAAUAUUUCCAAGCAUGUUGCUUCUAAAAAAGUUGGUGAUUAUGUUGAAAUUAGAGGCCCAAAGGGAUUCUUUACUCAUACUCCAAACAUGAAGAAGUCAUUUGGAAUGAUUGCUGGUGGUACUGGUAUCGCACCAAUGUAUCAAAUCAUUACCGCUAUUUUAAACAAUCCUGAGGAUAACAUCAAGAUUUCUUUAAUCUAUGCCAAUGUUACUGAGAAUGAUAUUUUGUUGAGAAAGGAAUUGGAAGCAUAUGCUGCUAAACAUCCAGAUAGAUUGAAAAUUCAUUAUGUUUUGAACGAGGCUCCAGCUGAUUGGGAAUUUAGUACUGGAUUUGUUACUCCAGAAUUGAUUGACAAACACUUGCCAAAACCUUCUGAUGAAACUACAUUGUUAUUGUGUGGACCUCCACCAAUGAUUAGUGCUAUGAAAAAAGCUGCUGCAUCAUUAGGAUAUGAAAAGGCUAAACCAGUGUCCAAAUUAGGAGACCAAGUGUUUGUCUUUUAG